AUUUACUUGACAACCUGGGUUGUUCUGCCUUAUUUGAUCAAAAUGUUCAAAUUUGUUGUGGCUGUUACUCUCUGUUACUUCAUUGCAGAAUACAGAUGCAUCGAACAAGAUGAUGGGUGUGGAGCUUUGUUUGCCUGCCACUUUCCGAACAGCUGGUAUCGUAUUAGAAAUAAUGCUGAUUUCAAUCGCUUUUGCCAAGAAAAUGAGAACUUAUCUUCCUGCAUCGACAACACAAAAAACCAGUGCGGAAGUCAGAGUACAGUAACUGCGGUGUUAAAAGAAAUCGCUGGGAACAGACGCGUAUGCACUAAUGAAACCAGAGCUG